AGAGGGCGCCAGCUCAGACGACGGCCUCGUCGACGGAGCGUGCUGAGGAGCCAUCGACGAGCACCGACCAUCUGCGCGCGGGCCGCGAGCAGUCGACGCAGGCACCGACGCCGGCCCCACCCCUGCCGCUGCACAAUGUACAUGAGUACUACCGGCAGCAUUACCCCUACAACCCAAUGGACCCUCGCAAUGGCGUGAUGGCAUCCGACUCAUACGCACCGAAGGGGUUGCUCGGAGAGAGGGUGGUUGUUCUAGGAGAAGGUUAUGCGAGGAGAGAGGGGUGGCUGCACGGUUUUCUACUCUCCCUUUUACCAUCCCAGUGA